AAAUAAAGCAAUGCAAAUUAAAUGUUUUUUCGUCAUUUUAUUUAAAUAAGUUUCACUAAACCUAAUAAGUAAUAUGUGAACGAUUUAUAAUGUUAAGAGCCUUUCUUCAGAGAUAUAGAACUAUGGUUCUAGUUAGCGUGUUCUUUUUUUAUUUAGGAUGUUGCCUUACAAUAAAUUUUACACACAUAGAAUGUGCAACUAAAGCAUCAAACAAUAACGAUUUGGAAACUCGGGACAAAUCUUUAUCAAAAGCGCAAUAUGUUGUUAUUAUAAUUAGUAGUCCAAAUAACGAGCCUAAGCGUGAUGCUAUACGGACAACAUGGGGAAAUUUUGUUGAUAACAUUUUUGUAGAAAAUGGUGAAAUUAUAUACAAAUGGAACCACACUGUGAUAUCAAAACAAUCACAACAAAAUAUUGUUAAACUAUUCUUUGCUGUGGGCAGAUUAGGUUUAAGUGAAAUUAAAGCAGAGAAAGUGGCAAAUGAACAAAAGCGUCAAAAAGACAUUUUAAUUCUUGACAAUAUUGAGGAUAGUUACAAAAAUUUAUCACUAAAAGUAUUGAAUACCUUGAGUUGGAUAAGUAAAAAUUUAAAGGAAAUGAAAUAUGUAAUAAAAUGUGAUGAUGAUUCUUUUGUUAGAAUUGAUUUAAUAGUCAAAGAUCUUGUCGCUUUUGCUCCUAGUAUGAAUGCACCUGAACUAGAUAAAUUUGUUACAUUGAAGGAACAACAGCCUACAUACAAAGGGUUGUAUUGGGGUUAUUUUAAUGGCCAUGCUAAAGUGUACCUCAGUGGCAAGUGGCAGGAAAAGCGUUGGUUCUUGUGUGAUAACUACUUGCCUUAUGCAUUAGGUGGUGGUUAUGUUAUAUCUCGCAGUGUUGUGGAUUACAUUGCCCAGAAUAUCGACUUCCUAAGUUAUUACAAUGCAGAAGAUGUAUCUAUGGGUGUUUGGACGGCUUCAUUGAAUGCAAUAAACAGAAUCCAUGAUGUCAGAUUUGAUACUGAAUGGAAAUCACGAGGAUGUGAUGACAACAUGCUUGUAAGACACAAGCAGACAGUAAAUGAUAUGUUCCAGAUGUACAAAACUCUUGUACACUCGCAUGGAAGAAAACUAUGUGAAAUCGAAGAGUUUGAAAGAAAAACAUAUUAUUAUAAUUGGAAUGUAUUACCUAGUAUGUGUUGUAAAAGGAAUUAAUUCUAAUUUCUAGUCUUAUCUAUGUCUUAAUUUAUUAAAAUACUUAUUAAUUUUUA